AUGCCUAGCUCAAACACUAGUUUUCACACUAGUAAGUUAGGGUGGAGCCAGAAGCAUGAUGUCAUUGUAGUUGGUCCAGUGGUAAGCGGUACUAGGCUCUUCUUCACCCCAAGCCAGAACAGAGAGUGUCACUUACGCCAAUCCAACUACAUGCGUCUAAUCCCACCAGCGGGCAACAAUACGUUCUUUCAUCCUUCCCGGCAUAGAAACAAAGGGAAACACGCAGAAGUUAGAAAGAACUGUAAGCCCACUACGGCAUCGUACUGUUGUGCAGAUUGUCGCCAAUGA